UCAACGCAUAGUACAUUGGGACUGCAAUUAAUGGAAGCCGCCAUGGAUGAUCCUUCUUCCACCUCUCCUCCGGGAUUCAACGAUUUUGCCCUAAGCGGCAAGAUUAUGCUCAGCGCCAUCAUCAUCCUUCUCUUCGUUGUCGUUCUCAUCAUUUGCCUUCACCUCUACGCUCGCUGGUAUGUUCUCCGUGCUCGCCGCCGUGGUACUCUCCGCCGCCGCAACCGUCUAGUCUUCUAUUUCGAACCCGAAAAUCCCUCUGCUGCUCGCGCCGCCGCCUCCCACCUCCGCGGCCUCGAUCCCUCUGUUCUUAACUCUCUCCCUGUUUUCAUUUUCUCCUCCAAAUCCUUCUCCGAUCCGAUCGAUUGCGCCGUCUGUUUGUCCGAAUUUGAGGAAAAUGAAAAGGGCCGUACACUUCCGAAAUGUCGUCACAGCUUUCAUACCGAUUGCAUCGACAUGUGGUUUCACUCUCACACCACAUGCCCGCUCUGUCGCACGCCGGUUGAGCGGCCUCCGGAGACACCGGUGGAGGUAGCGGUUUCCAUUGGAGAACCCGCUAUUACCGAACCGGGUCCGAGUUCUUCCGAUCUCUGCGUUGAAUGUGAUCGUUCCGACCGGAUGGCUUCUUCUUCGACCGGUUCACGGUCAUUUAGGGCACGGCGAAAGCCGGGAGAACUAGCCGGUGUUUCGAUUGAGAUUCCGACGCGAAGAGACGGUGAGUUCGCUGCUUCGUUGUCACCGACGACGCCGUCGUUCAAGUCGCCGAUAAGUCGGGUUAUGUCGUUGUCGUUCAAGAUGAUUAUCGGCCGGGAGAGAAGAGGCGGCGUAUCGCCAUCCGGAACUAGUGUCGAGUGUAGCUCCGGCGCCGGCGGCGAGUUGGAUAUCGAAAAAGGAAAGGAAAACGCCGUGUGAUUUCUUAGUCCAACACGGGAAUUGACGCGAAGAGGGCAAGGCGGCUCUCAGUGGAGGGUCAGACUAAUGCAUUUGAAGAUGAUUUGUCAAACUAACGCACACGUGGCAGUUGUUUUUUUAGUUUAUAUUCUUUAUAGAACAAAGUAUUUGACGGUAGAUAUUCCCCUCAAUUAUAUACUUUUCUUUAUACAAAAAGUAUAAACAAUGUGUAAUAUGAGGGUUUAAGUCUCGAAUUACCGUUCAGCUAAGCUCAUUUUGUCGAUAUAACUAAAUUAGUCGAGAAAUAAAAUUUUAUUUAUUAUUAACGUAAA